AUGUCCGAGCGAGCCUCUUUCCGCGGCGGUCGCGGUGGGCGCGGCGGAGGCGGUGACCGUCGCGGCGGCCAGCAGAACCGAGGUGGCGCAGGCGGUGGCGGUGGCGGUGCUCACCAGCAGCAGCAACAACAGCAACAAGAAAAGCCCAAAAAGGAAAAUAUCCUGGAUUUGACAAAGUACAUGGACCGCGAGAAACAAAAAACAGUCCGCGGUAUUCUCAAGGGUUAUGAUCAGUUGAUGAAUCUUGUUCUGGACGAUGUCAAAGAGACUAUGCGAGAUGAAUCUGGAAACGAAACCACCCGCUCGCUCGGCUUGAUCGUGGCGCGCGGCACCCUGUUGGUCCUCAUAUCGCCUGCCGAUGGCAGCGAGGAGAUUGCCAACCCGUUCUUGCAGCAAGAGGAGUAA